UUACCGGCUCAGAACAGGCGGAGACACCACGAGAGACUGUGAGGCAAUCAAAGAGGGAGGCUCCGUCACCGCAUCGACUAUUCACACAUACACACACACACACACACACCCAUACACACCUACACAGGAUUGGACUGGUUUUCUUUUCUUUCAUCUCGACUUGAAAUCAAUGAAGGAGAGACGCUCUUGUCACAAACUAUCUCUGAAAUCCGGCAUGGAUCCCAGUCAGAGUGUGAAGUGUAAGAUCGUGGUGGUGGGGGACAGCCAGUGCGGGAAGACUGCUCUGCUUCACGUGUUCGCCAAGGACUGUUUCCCCGAGAGCUACGUCCCCACCGUGUUUGAAAACUACACAGCCAGUUUCGAAAUCGACACUCAGAGGAUCGAGCUCAGUCUGUGGGACACAUCAGGUUCUCCGUACUAUGACAACGUGAGGCCCCUCUCCUACCCAGACUCUGACGCCGUCCUCAUCUGUUUCGACAUCAGCCGCCCUGAAACACUCGACAGUGUGCUCAAAAAGUGGAAAGGGGAGAUCCAGGAGUUUUGUCCCAACACUAAAAUGCUGUUGGUUGGCUGUAAGUCAGACCUACGCACCGACCUGAGCACACUAGUGGAGCUUUCCAACCACCGGCAGACACCAGUGUCUUAUGACCAGGGUUCCAGCAUGGCCAAGCAGAUCUCGGCGCCUUACAUCGAGUGCUCGGCCCAGCAGUCGGAGAACAGCGUCAGGGACAUUUUCCACGUGGCCACACUGGCCUGCAUCAACAAAAACAACAAAAACGUCAAGCGCAGUAAGACCACCCGCACCAACAAGAGGAUUUCACACAUGCCCAGUAGGCCUGACCUGGCGGCUGUGGCUUCAGACCUCCGGAAGGACAAAGCCAAAAGUUGCUCAAUUAUGUGACUGAUCAGACUGAGGGAGAUUAGACUGAGGAGAAUGAGGACAGAGCACAGUUCAAGCAGGAAGCUACGGGGCAAUGCUCUUUCCUGCAUGCGAAAGACCCCAUAUUUGUCUGGGAAGGGGCUUUAUAAGCUUCAAUUCAUGUACAUGUUACUGGAAUACUCUGCACCAAUGAAAACUCACUGCGUCGUAACGUCCCCAUUCAUACGGCCCCCGCCCCACCAGAUGAGGAAGCUAUCUGUCAGUGGGCUACCUGCUCGAGGAAGUGACCUACUUCCUCUGGGAAGGACCAAGCGGAUGCGGUCGAGGCUUUCCACACCAACAGGAAAUGAGCAUAAGGAGUGAUGUCAUUAGACGCUCAUUUGUAAAAGCAGAAACAUGUGAUUUUUUGAAUGAGAGCCAAAAGGCCGCAAUGGGGGUUUGCUGCCUUGGGGGGGGAGAAAGAGGAACUGCUGUUGUUCUGUGCUGGAUCAAAGAUUUGCUCGGAGGGCUUAUACAACAACUCAUCACUGUGGUUUGGAAGUGUUUCUCUCUCACCCCUGCUACUGUAACUGUAAGUCUGUGAGCAGAGCAGAUUUAAAAGAGGAAUUUCUUAGUCCUGCACAAUGGAAACCUGACGCUGUGUGUCCCCUCUCUCUGAUAUGUUGUCGGUAUAAUGUGAAGUCAUUGGUGUGUAACUGUGUCAUCCUUUUUAAUUUAGCUUCAUCCUAAAAAUUACACAUCUGCAUCAGUCAGAUGGCCGCUCUAUGCCCAUUAAUUUCACCUCAACAGCAGAUGCAUAAUGACUCUCUGAAGACAGAU